UUGUUAAGAAGGGAAGCGGAUGGGAAAUGAGAGGGUCCUGCAGGCAGAGCUGGAAUCAACUUCCACUCUGCCUCCUGCAAGCUGUGUGACCCUGGGCACAUGCUCUCCUUCCUUGGGGAGCUUCUGUUUUCUUAGAUUUGGAGCAGGGUGGUCACACUGACUUGCACAGUUCUGAGAAUCAGAGACAGAACAUAAAAGGCCUGGAGAACAUUCUCCAAAAACAAGCUGCAACACGUGUGGACAAUGGGUUUUUCAUGCCUCUCUUACUCGCUGUUUAUCUGAUAUAAGGAGCAUGCUCUGGUGAUGGUGGUCAGGGAGGAAUGAGGAUAGACAUAGACACUCCUGUGUCUGAAACAUGCUUCUUCCUUACUGUGUUAUGACUCUGUCUUCCCUGGGGCAGGCCCCCAGCCUGCCUACAUUUGCAGACAGACACAGUGGCAUGUGGAGAAAACAGUUUGUCCCAAUGACUUUUCUUCAUGCCCCAGCUGCUGGUGGUACUUAGUGGAAGGGUGACUUCAUGACACUAAUGCUGCUAUUUUGAAACCUGGAGGAUGGAAAGGUGCAAAAAACUAUCAGCAGCAACAUAAGGUGUAGCCUGUGUUGUUGUUGGCAGUUUUGUCCAUCAAAUUAAUAAUUUCAAAACACUUCCUCCUUCUUCCUGCAGGUUAAUAUGGCUGCAGCACAACAUCAUCAUUGCUCAGGAUUGUCCUACUUGCCCUACAUCAUGUGUCCACUAGGACCUCAGCUACCUUCUCCAGAUGAUAAUUUUGGGGGACCACAGACACCUACACAUGAAUGUCUUCUGGCACCUCUACCACCUUGCUUAGCCAAUGGUUUUCUGAGCUCAUACACAACACCACCCAAGUGUCUUCUGGUAUCUCUGCCACCUUCUCCAGAUGAUGAGUUUUUGAGACCACAGACACCUACACAUGAAUGUCUUCUGUUACCUCUGCCACCUUUAGCCAAUGAUUUUCUGAGCCCAUAUACAACUCUACCUGAGUGUCUUCUGGCACCUCUACCACCUUCUCCAAAUGAUAAUCUUUGGACACCACAGACACCACUACUCCAGUGUCUUCUGGUACUGAUGCCAUCAUCUCCAGCUGAUGAUUUUCUGAGACCACACACACCUUCUAUCCAGUGUCCUCUGGGAUCCCAACCACUUUCUCCAACUGAUAAUUUUUUGAGAUUACAGGUAGCUCCACCUUUUGAGUGUCCCCUGAGACCUCAACUACCUGUUUCAAUAGAGUGUCUUCUGGUAUCUCUUCACAUUCUUGAUGAUUUUCUGAGAUCACAGACACCUUCACCUGAGUGUACACUAGUACCUUUACCACCGUCUUCAGCUGAAGAUUUUCUAGGACCCAACACACCUCAACCUGAGCGUCCUCUGGACUCCCACCACCUCCUCCAGCUGCAUCGCCUAUGGGACUUUAUCCACCUCAUCCAGCUGUCUGUCCUGAGUUACUGCAACCACCUUAUCCUUCUAUCUGUCCUGGGGGACCCCAUCCACCUCAUCUACCUGUCUUUCCUGGGGCACCCCAUUCACCUCAUCCAGGUGUCUAUCCUGGGGGACCUCAUCUUCUUCCUCCAGCAGUGUGGCCUCUGGGACCUCAGCCUACUUCUCCAGUUAAAGGCAUCUGGAACCUCAGCCACCUUAUCUACCUUGGUGGCCUCCCUUAGCUAUCAUCUUCAAAUGAGUCUCCUCUAG